GAUCCAGCCAUGGCUGCAGCAGGAGCCCUGGGAGGAUUUGGGAUGGUGAUGCUGAUUCUUUCCAGCGGAAAGCUGGCAGAUGGCAGAGCGGCGUCAACAACGCUGCUCGUACCUUUCCCGCCGGCCCAGCCCACGCCUCAGAACCUGGCCGCCAUUUGCCAUCAGGGUCAAGGUCGUCCCAGGUACCCGGACAGCGUCUUCCCGAGGUCCGGAUCCGGCACCCUCCGGCGCCGCGGGAAGGCUAUCAACCGGCUGGAGCAGUGGUUGGCCAAGUGCUGCCGUGAGGAGGGAGAAGAUCAGAACGCCGCCAUCCUCUGCUGUGCCCGGCAAGCCUGGAAAAAGGCCCUGUCCCAGUUCUGCACGGAGGAGUACAGCACCAUGAGCGCCACCUAUGAGUGCUGCAGGAAGCAAGGUCAUGAACGGUGGUCUUGUUUUGACAGCGAGCUACCCAACCCAGACUACAACCCGACACCAGGCUACAGCGCACCCAUAAUGCCUGCGGAGGCUGGCUUCACUUUUGAUGCUAAUUCCUGCUAAAGGCUCAUUUAAAAACAACCUUUAUAAACAUAAGCCAAUCAAAUAUUCCAGCAGGGGGUCAUCGUGUCGUCUGGGCGGCCUCUAGAUUUUGUUGAUGUAUCCAUAAAUGUGUCCACUAGAGGUCCCGUUUGUGUCAAAAAAAUAUCAAGUUGUUGACGGCUAGCUGCGAAGGAACUUGUGUACCUAAAUUCUAAAUA